AUGUCUGGACUCAAGACCGGUGACAGCUUCCCCGCUGACGUUGUCUUCUCUUACAUUCCCUGGUCUGAGGACAAGGGUGAAAUCACUGCUUGCGGUAUCCCCAUCAACUACCACGCUUCGAAGGAGUGGGCCGACAAGAAGGUCAUCCUCUUCGCUCUUCCCGGUGCCUUCACUCCCGUCUGCUCUGCUCGUCACGUUCCCGAGUACAUCGAGAAGCUCCCCGAGAUCCGUGCCAAGGGUGUUGACGUUGUUGCUGUCCUCGCCUACAACGAUGCCUAUGUCAUGAGCGCCUGGGGCAAGGCCAACCAGGUCACUGGUGACGACAUCCUCUUCCUUUCCGACCCUGAGGCUCGCUUCUCCAAGAGCAUCGGCUGGGCCGAUGAGGAGGGCCGCACCAAGCGUUACGCCAUCGUCAUUGACCACGGCAAGGUCACCUACGCCGCUCUGGAGCCCUCUAAGAACCACCUGGAGUUCUCGAGCGCCGAGGCCGUCCUCAAGCACCUGUAA